AUGAAUCUGGUAGAUCCUGCCAAAAGUCUAAACAUGCAAGUUGUCAGUAACAUAUGCAAAACCUUAAGUUAUCAGCAUGCCAACGAUGCAGCCCUCUUUCUCAAUAUAUUGCGCAAAGCUUCAGAGUCAAAAAAAAUCAGCCUAAAAAUUUGUCCAAAAAUGGAUGUUGAGCCUGGCAGUGACAAAGAAAACGAAAAAAUCAGGCACAUACCUGGCGAAGAGAGUCAAUCGUCUGCAAGGACAAUAGCGGACAAUGAUGGAAGCGAUGAAAGGGGCUUUGUCUUGACCACAAUCUCCUACCUGCACUCUACCACUACUAAGCAACAAGCGACUCCUUGUCGCUCGUCAUAUCCUCUACUAUCGGCAACUCAAGAGACAUCUACCCCUUCGACAUCAUCUCUCGAUGAGGCCACCCUCGUUCUAUUCAUUGUUGCCACAUCUUGGCUUGGUGGCACAAGGAAGGGCGCAAUUGUAGAUUGGAGGUAUUAUUUGCUUGGCAGUGAUCAUGGCGGUCGGACGUUGCUGCUCGUGCCCAAGCAAACUCAAUUUACCCGUGGCGGUGGUUGCGUCGGACCACAUUGCAAGCCGAAAAUGAGAUGUUGCAAUGGAUGGGCAGUGUUGCAAUAA